GUUGUUACUCUAGGCUAAAAUUGUAAUUAAAUUCGUGAGCAAAGAAAAUCGAAUAAUAAUAAACGCCAAGGACUGAACCUCGCCUCCGAUCACUUUGCUAUGACGUCGUCUUUUCUUGCAGACGGCGGCUACCACCAGCAAGACGACGACGUUUCACACGGUGGUUGCCACAACCACCACCACGAGGCAGACCACCGCAAUUUUAACGGCGAGCAGACUGAAUCCACCGGCCACUACCCCAACACCAAUUCCAAUUCGCAACCUCUCUCCGGGCAGAAGAGACAGUUCCAUCAUUCUAAUGGUGUUGAUUGUGGCCGUUUCGUGAAGCUGUACGUGGUGGGGCUUCCAAGGGAUGCCACUGAACAAGAUAUUGCUGCUGUGUUUGGAGAAUAUGGACAUAUUAUUGAGAUUAUUCUUGUGAGGGAUAAGAGAACCGGUUUGCAGCAGGAGUUCUGCUUUGUCAAGUUUGAAACCGUAGACCAAGCUGAGCGAGCUAUUGCAGCUUUUCAAAGUCAUUAUAUAUUCCCUGGGGCAGCGAUUCCUAUGAUAGUUAAAUAUGCAGAUGGAGAACGGGAACGCCUUGGGAGCUUUUUACAUGUCCACAAGUUGUAUGUUGGCUGCGUGAAUAGACAGGCUCUGAAAUGGGAAAUUGAAGAAAUAUUUUCUCCUUUCGGUGUAAUUGAAGAUAUUUUCAUUGUACGAGAUGAAUUCAAGCAAAACCGUGGAUUUGCAUUUGUCCAAUUUUCUUGUAGAGAUAUGGCAUUGGCCGCUAUUCAGGCUUUGAAUGGAAUAUAUGUGAUGAAAGGAUGCGAUCAACCUUUGAUAGUCCGAUUCGCAGAUCCUAAGAAACCGAGGCUAGGUGGCUCAAGGCCUCACCAAUAUCCGAAUGAUCCGUCUAAUGGGCAUAUGCUGUCUAAUGAAAUGCUACAAAUGAAGUUUUCACCUUCCGUGUGCAAACCAACAAUGGCGGGUAGGAAUAAAUCUCAAUCAUUCAAUUCAAUUUCCGAGUCAGAACGUUCAGUAGAAUGUGACUGGAGCGAACACGUUUCACCUGAUGGAGAUUUGGUCAUUAAU